AUGUCUGCCAUCGCGGUAAAAGUGAAGCAUAAUGGCAAGAUUCAUGAUGUUAAUCUUGAUCCAUCUCAACCGGCCACAGCUUUCAAACAGGCAAUUUAUGAAAAGACUGGCGUUCCAUUAGAUCGACAAAAGGUGAUGAUCAAAGGUGGAAUGUUAAAAGAUGAUUCCGAUCUUACAAAAAUAAAUGCUCGUGCAGGUCAAACAUUCAUGGUCAUCGGUACAGCUGGAGAAUUGCCAAAAGCACCUACAGGACCAGUGACAUUCUUGGAAGAUAUGACAGACGCUCAAUUAGCACAAGCAACAAAGACAAAGGUUGGAUUGACAAAUUUGGGAAACACAUGCUACCUCAAUUCAACUUUGCAAGUCCUUCGGGCUAUUCCUGAGCUACAAACAGCACUCAACGAUUUCAAGGGUACAAUGGGCAGUGCAGAUGGAGAAUCAAAUUUGACGGCUGCUUUGCGGGAUUUAUAUGGAUCUAUGGGAGAAACCAGCGAAGCUUUCCCGCCCCUGGCUCUGCUGACGAUCUUACGUCAAGUUGCACCGCAAUUCGCCGAAAUGACUUCAGGUGCAGGCGGAAGAGGUUACGCCCAACAAGAUGCCGAAGAAGCAUGGGUAAGACUGGUGACUGCAUUACAAGGCUCUCUAAAAGGAUUGUCUCAACCAUCGUCUUUGGAAGGUGGUAGUGCUUCCGGAAUUCCUGCUGCAAAUUUUGUUGAACAAUUCUUGACCGGACGAAUGGCAAUCAAAAGAUCAAGUCCUGAAGCGCCAACCGAGGAGCCAACUUUCAGCAGCGACAGCUUCCGUGUUUUGCAAUGCAAUAUCUCAUCUUCCACAAAUGAGAUGCUGUCGGGUAUUAUGGAUUCGCUUAAUCAGCAAAUCGAAAAGAACUCCUCUUCAUUGGGUCGAUUGGCUGUCUAUAACGAGCAACAAAGAAUUGACAGACUACCGGCCUACUUGACCGUACAUUUUGUCCGAUUCUAUUGGCGUCGUGAUAUUGGAAAGAAGACAAAAAUUAUGCGUAAAGUGAAAUUUCCAUUCGAUUUGGAUGUCACACAGUUUUUGUCGGAUGAUUUGAAAUCGAAAGUCUUACCUGCAAAGAACAAGAUCAACGAAAUCAGCAAGGAACGUGAGGAACGUGCCAAGAUCCGUAGAAAGGUGAGAGCCAAGAAGGAGGAAGCUCUGCCUGGAUCAUCAGCACAAGCUGGCGCAGCAACGACGGGAACUGCAAGUGCCGAUGCACCUCGUCCAGCAGAUCCAAUGGCCGUCGAUCCAAGUGGGGAUGAUGUGAUGAAAUCGGCAUCUGAUGCGCCCAAGCUAGGAGCUGCAUUGUCGGAAGAGGAAGAAAUGCGAUUGCGAGAAAAGGAGAGCAAGGAAGCUCAAGAAGCCAUUCAUCCUUCUUUGCGUGAGGAUGUGGGUUGCAAUGUGAGUGGAUUAUACGAACUUGUGGGUAUUGUGACCCACAAAGGUGCUGCAGCAGAUGCAGGACAUUAUAUCAGUUGGGUACGCAAAGAAGAUGAACAAAAGACGGAAGCAGGUAGCUCAACCGGCAUCUCGGAUCGCACGCCUGCAGAGGAGGAAUGGUACAAGUUUGAUGACGAAAAGGUGACUGUUGUACCAAGAGACAAGAUUUCGUCGCUUGAUGGUGGUGGUGAAGAUAGUGUUGCCUAUAUCCUACUCUAUCGAUCAAAGGCGAUUCAAUGA